AUGACGGGUACAUGGGAGUUCAUCAAAAGGCACAAAGGGAAAAUCAUUGCUGGUGGAGUACUGAUUAGUGGUGCUGCUGCAUACAUGAUUCAGAAUAGUUACCAAACUCACACAUUUAAGACAGCAAAUUCUUAUCUUCAGGACAGCAUCAUGGCGCAAGAAAGACGUCGCUAUAUAUUUGAUACAAACCAGCGAGCUUGUGACAAGUCUAUAACUGACCUUGUGAAGGAGCUGAAAACACGUGUACAGGUGAGUUGUAAGUAGUU